ACACAACAGGUAUCUUGAAGAGGUUGAUAAAUACUCCAAGCUAGGUUCUGUAACCCAUGAAAAAGGCAUAUUUUGAGGAGCGUUUUAGAAGGAGGGCACUUCUAAGCCAGAGUUCAUCCGACUUCCAGAAUGGGGCUGAUUCUCAAGCUAGUUAUGAUGGACCUAAGAAUACAGAUUAUGAGGGGGACUUUGAGCAUGUUAAGGAGAUUGGCCAUUCUGCACGCUUUGUUGAAAAUCAUGAUAGAGCAGCCACUUUAUUGGAGAAUGGAAAGUAUCAAGCUAGUGAAAAUGAAGGCUAUGAUGGGCACUUGGAGCUUGUUAAUGAAGUUGGCCAUUCUACAUGUUUUGAUGAAAAUCAUAAAAGAUCAACCCAUUUAUCGAAGAAUGGAAAGUAUCAAGCUGAAAACACAGGCUAUGAUGGAGAUUUCAAGCGAGUGAAUGAGGUUGGUGAUUCUGCAUGCUUUGAGGAGAGUUUUGAUGGAUCAAACAAUGGAGACAUUGAAGUCACAGAAUGUGGCAGAGAAGGAUCAAGCAACGGAAACAUUGAAGACACAGAAUGUGGCGGAGAAGAUAGUAUAACUUUCCAUUCUGGACGUCAGACUGAACAAUAUACCAAUAGUUCAGAUGUUCUUCAAGGUGUUCCUAAAGAUCUGGAAGCUGAAGCAAAAUUUAAUCUCUAUGCUGGAAAUGCAGCUUUUAAUGAUCCUAAACCUACGAUUGAAGUGAAAGAGAAACUAGAGGGCCAAGAUAGCAGUAUCAAGUUCUCAUCAAACUUUGUUGAUCUAUCCUCUUAUGCUCACACCACUGAGAAAGAUGGCAGUGUUAGUUCAGAACCUCGGUGAAGUUCAUCUUCGAAGGUGAGGACUGCAUCUCAAUCUAGAGCUACAAAAUCCAAAAUGUUGUCCCAAGUUAAUGUUGCUAGUGUUAAGGGGA